UGCUGGGGUCUGGAUUGGAGAUACAACAGACCGGACCCUCCCUUGUAUGAUUGGAGUCUAAAGGAAAAACAUUUUCCCCUUGCCUCAAAGAGUCUACAUGUCUAAUAUUUAGACAUGUUCAGCUUUGUGGAUAUUCGGUUAGCGCUGUUGCUUGCAGCAACAGUACUUUUGGCAAGAGGUCAAGGCGAGGACGACCGCACAGCCGGCAGCUGUACGUUGGACGGCCAAUUAUAUAACGACAAAGAUGUAUGGAAACCAGAACCCUGCCAAAUCUGCGUGUGCGACAGCGGCACCGUCAUGUGCGACGAAGUGAUUUGCGAGGAUACAUCUGACUGCCCCAAUCCAGAAAUUCCCUUCGGCGAAUGCUGCCCAAUCUGCCCCGACGGAGACGGUUCCCCGGAGCCCCCAGUCGCGGGACCCAAGGGUGACCGUGGUGCUAAAGGUGACAGGGGUCUCCCUGGGCCUCCCGGCAAUGAUGGCAUCCCUGGCCAGCCUGGCCUUCCCGGACCUCCCGGCCCUCCUGGACCCCCUGGCCUUGGCGGAAACUUUUCUCCUCAAAUGUCCACAGGCUAUGAUGAGAAAUCUGGUGGUGGAAUUGCCGUCCCUGGUCCCAUGGGCCCCAUGGGUCCCCGUGGUCCCCCUGGCCCUCCCGGUCCCAGCGGACCCCAAGGAUUCACUGGCCCCCAUGGUGAGCCUGGUGAGGCUGGAGCUCCUGGUCCCAUGGGUCCUCGUGGUGCAGCUGGUCCUCCUGGAAAGAACGGAGAAGAUGGCGAGUCUGGCAAACCUGGUCGCCCCGGUGAGCGUGGUCCCUCUGGCCCUCAGGGUGCCCGUGGAUUCCCCGGAACCCCUGGACUUCCUGGGAUCAAGGGACACAGAGGAUUCAGUGGUCUAGAUGGAGCCAAGGGAGACACUGGCCCUGCUGGACCUAAGGGAGAGGCUGGUGCCCCUGGUGAGAACGGAACCCCUGGCGCAAUGGGUCCUCGUGGUCUCCCUGGUGAGAGAGGCCGUGCUGGUCCAGCCGGAGCUGCUGGUGCUCGUGGUAACGAUGGAGCUGCUGGUGCUGCUGGUCCCCCUGGUCCCACUGGUCCUGCUGGUCCCCCUGGAUUCCCUGGUGGCCCCGGAGCUAAGGGAGAAGUUGGCCCUCAGGGAAGCCGUGGAGCUGAGGGAGCCCCAGGAGCCCGUGGUGAGGCUGGUAACCCCGGACCCGCUGGCCCUGCUGGCCCCGCUGGCAACCCUGGUCUUGAUGGUGCCGCUGGUGCCAAGGGCGCUCCUGGUGCUGCUGGUAUUGCUGGUGCUCCUGGCUUCCCCGGACCCCGUGGCCCCCCUGGACCCCAGGGUCCUGGCGGUGCUCCUGGUCCCAAGGGUAACACUGGUGAGGUUGGUGCUCCUGGUGCCAAGGGAGAGCCUGGCGCUAAGGGAGAGUCUGGUCCCGCUGGAGUUCAAGGCCCACCUGGCCCCGCUGGAGAGGAGGGCAAGAGAGGUGCCCGUGGUGAGCCCGGUGCUGCUGGAGCUCGUGGACCCCCUGGAGAGCGCGGUGCCCCUGGUAACCGUGGUUUCCCUGGUGCUGAUGGAGCUGCUGGCCCCAAGGGUGCCCCUGGUGAGCGCGGUUCUGUUGGGCCUGUUGGACCCAAAGGUUCCACUGGUGAGCCUGGACGCAAUGGAGAGCCCGGUAUGCCUGGAUCCAAGGGUAUGACUGGUAGCCCUGGUAGCCCUGGUCCUGAUGGCAAGACUGGCCCUGCUGGUCCUGCUGGACAAGAUGGCCGUCCUGGACCCCCAGGCUCCGGUGGAGCCAGAGGUCAGCCUGGUGUCAUGGGAUUCCCUGGCCCCAAGGGUGCUGCUGGUGAGGCUGGCAAGCCUGGUGAGAGAGGUCUGAUGGGUCCAGUUGGCGCUGUUGGUGCCCCUGGUAAAGAUGGUGAUGUUGGUGCUCCUGGUGCCCCUGGCCCUGCUGGACCUGCUGGAGAGAGAGGUGAGCAGGGACCCGCUGGUCCUCCUGGAUUCCAGGGUCUGCCCGGACCUCAGGGUGCUACUGGUGAGACUGGCAAGGCUGGUGAGCAGGGUGUGCCUGGUGAGGCUGGAGCUCCUGGACCUGCUGGUUCAAGAGGUGACAGAGGUUUCCCCGGUGAGCGCGGUGCCCCCGGUCCCGCUGGCCCUUCCGGUCCCCGUGGCUCUCCUGGUGCUGCUGGUAAUGAUGGUGCUAAGGGUGAGCCCGGUGCCUCUGGUGCCCCUGGUGCUCAGGGUCCACCAGGACUCCAGGGAAUGCCCGGCGAGCGUGGAGCUGCUGGUCUGCCAGGUCUUAAGGGUGACAGAGGUGACAGUGGCGCCAAGGGUGCUGAUGGUGCCCCUGGCAAGGAUGGCAUCCGUGGUAUGACUGGUCCCAUUGGUCUCCCUGGCCCCGCUGGCCCCUCUGGCGACAAGGGUGAGAGUGGCCCCGCUGGCCCUGUUGGUCCUACUGGCGCCCGUGGUCCCCCUGGUGAGCGUGGUGAGUCUGGUGCUCCUGGACCUGCUGGCUUCGCUGGACCUCCUGGUGCUGAUGGUCAGCCUGGUGCUAAGGGAGAGGCUGGUGACACUGGUGCCAAGGGUGACUCUGGUCCUCCCGGGCCUGCUGGGCCUACUGGUGCUCCUGGACCUCAGGGUCCCGUUGGUUCUACUGGACCCAAGGGCGCUCGUGGUGCUGCUGGUCCCCCUGGAGCUACUGGUUUCCCUGGUGCUGCUGGUAGAGUUGGACCUCCCGGCCCCGCUGGUAACACUGGCCCACCUGGCCCCCCUGGACCUGCUGGAAAGGAAGGACAAAAGGGUAACCGUGGUGACACUGGCCCCGCUGGCCGCCCUGGUGAGAUUGGACCUGCUGGACCCCCCGGAGCCGCUGGAGAGAAGGGUGCCCCUGGUCAAGAUGGUCCUUCUGGAGCUCCUGGUAUCCCCGGACCUCAGGGUAUCGCUGGACAGCGUGGUAUUGUGGGUCUUCCUGGACAGAGAGGCGAGCGUGGUUUCCCUGGUCUCCCCGGCCCAUCUGGAGAGCCUGGCAAGCAGGGACCUGUUGGACCUUCUGGUGAGCGUGGACCCCCUGGCCCCAUGGGACCCCCUGGACUGGCUGGUGCUCCCGGUGAACCUGGUCGUGAGGGUACCCCUGGUCAGGAGGGUGCAGCUGGACGUGAUGGCCCUGCUGGUCCCAAGGGUGACCGUGGUGAGACUGGUGUUGCUGGCGCUCCUGGUGCCCCUGGACCCCCUGGUGCUCCUGGUCCCGUUGGCCCUGCUGGCAAGACUGGAGACCGUGGUGAGGCUGGUCCUGCUGGUGCUGCUGGUGCCCCUGGCCCUGCUGGUCCUCGUGGUCCUGCUGGCCCUGCUGGUGCCCGUGGUGACAAGGGUGAGACUGGAGAAGCUGGUGAGAGAGGCAUGAAGGGACACAGAGGUUUCACUGGUCUGCAGGGUCUGCCUGGACCCGCUGGACCUCCUGGAGAACAAGGACCUCCUGGAUCUUCUGGCCCUGCUGGACCUAGAGGACCUGCUGGCUCUGCUGGUGCCGCUGGUAAAGAUGGUUUGGCUGGCAUGCCUGGCCCCAUUGGACCCCCUGGACCUCGUGGUCGCACUGGUGAAAUUGGACCUGCUGGUCCCCCCGGACCUCCUGGACCCCCUGGACCUCCCGGACCCCCCGGUGGCGGAUUCGACAUGGGCUUCAUUGCCCAGCCUGCCCAGGAGAAGGCCCCCGAUCCCUUCCGCCACUACCGCGCUGACGAUGCCAACGUGAUGCGCGACCGCGACCUUGAGGUGGACACCACCCUCAAGUCCCUGAGCCAGCAGAUCGAGAACAUCCGCAGCCCCGAGGGUACCAAGAAGAACCCCGCCCGCACCUGCCGCGACCUGAAGAUGUGCCACCCCGACUGGAAGAGCGGCGAGUACUGGAUCGACCCCGACCAGGGCUGCAACCAGGACGCCAUCAAGGUCUACUGCAACAUGGAGACCGGCGAGACCUGCGUGUACCCGAGCCAGGCCGAGAUCCCCAAGAAGAACUGGUACACCAGCAAGAACAUCAAGGAGAAGAAGCACGUCUGGUUCGGCGAAGCAAUGAGCGAUGGCUUCCAGUUCGAGUAUGGCGGCGAGGGCUCCAAGCCUGAGGAUGUCAACAUCCAGCUGACCUUCCUGCGCCUCAUGUCCACCGAGGCCUCCCAGAACAUCACAUACCACUGCAAGAACAGCAUCGCCUACAUGGAUCAGCAGGCCGGCAACCUCAAGAAGGCCCUGCUCCUGCAAGGCUCCAACGAGAUCGAGAUCAGAGCCGAGGGCAACAGCCGCUUCACAUACAGCGUCUCAGAGGAUGGCUGCACGUCACACACUGGAGCAUGGGGCAAGACAGUCAUUGACUACAAGACAACAAAAACAUCCCGUCUGCCCAUUAUUGACAUCGCUCCUAUGGACGUUGGUGCACCCAAUCAGGAAUUUGGCAUUGAAGUUGGCCCAGUCUGCUUCUUGUAAAAAGACAUCUGGACUUGAAAUGUUGUUUUUUUUCUAGCAGUCAUCUCUCUAAAACCUUUUCUAUGCAUUAAAAAAAACCUAAAGUUUCAUUCGGCCACAAAAUGGUCCACUUGCUUAAAACUACAUUUCUGAAGACGAUGUUUGUGUGUUAUCAAUUUUCAGAAAUGUUUUUUCUGGGCCACUAUUUUUUACCAACACCUACAUCAAGGACACUUUAAAAGAGUCGUUUGUUUCACUUGCAACAAGAAAAUAAUAUAUACUUGUAAAGUGUAAAAUCCCCCUGGCGUUUGAAAAAAAAAGCCCAUAAUGAAUACAGGUGACUUUUUGCCAUUUUUUUACCACUGUGGAAGGACAAUGAAAAAAAAAACAAAUGCUUUGUACCGUUUUCAGGUGUUAAAUAAAUCUUAAAAAUGACA